AUGCAGCAGGAGCAGGUGAGAGGGAGGCAGGUAUGCAACACUCCAAAAGAGCGGGCAGUCUUAAAACGCAAAAUGCCAUAUGAUUACACGUGCAGUGGAAGCAACGUCGUCAUCAUAACGCAUUGGGGGCCACUCGCUUCGAAGGGACAGUACGAAUCCCACGGCCCAUACCACAUCGCCGCUGUCGUUUACGGAAGAGGAGACAAGGGCAUCGUAUCCUACAAUAUUGCCGAAAAACUGCAAAUCACCGACGGUAAACAAGUUACCAAAGUUCCCCCUGUUGUCUGGAUCUCCUGGACAUUCAAAGGACUCAACCAAAACCUCGAGACCAGUCAAGUCCGCAUCGUGCCAGGACUCAAGCAGGAUCUUGUUCUGGGAGAUAGCACCGACGAAAUCUACCGAAGCUUCCACAUCAGUACCCCAGAAGAGACAGUGUCUCAUCAGUUCAUCACUCGAAACGACUUCGAGAAGCACGGUAUUCUGACUGCAAACAAACGGUCCGAAAAUAAGUUAAAAUCCCUGAUCAGCCUUUAUCUCUCAAAGACUCAACUGGACAAAGUCAAAUCAGACGUUGCUAGUUCAAAACCAGAAGAGAUUGAAAGGCCAUCGGAAUCUAGCUCCGAGUUAUCGCCUGGCUCAACACUUGAUAGUAUCAGCAACACGGGCACAGACGCCGACAACUGGGUCAUGGACUUUGGUAAUAGCAUUCCCAGUGGUUCUCUCCCACAACUAUCUUAUUUAGAUACCCCUGAUCAAACAUGUGGGACUUGCUGCAACUCUGCAGCUCAUCUGGGUCGCACUCACUCCAAGCCUGGGCUCAAAGAUUGUGACGAGGAUCGUGGUUGGGAGGUACCCCAUGAUUCUGUGUCCCAUACUUCACAGGCAGAUUCUCCCAUGUCCAAUUGGUCCUUCGUAAACAAAGAGCCUGGAGAAAUGAAGGAUCAAGAAGUAAUACAGCAGUGUCAACGAAGCGACUUCGAGACGCACCCAGGUCAUAGCUUCUGGGUUUGGGAUCGCCAAAGGCAACUUUGGCGCCGAAGGGGGCGCAGCGGGCUGGAUGAGAGAGAUUGGUUCACUGAAUUGCCUCGUCAAUAA